AUGUCAACACCCGGUGCGGACCUGGGCAGUCAAGUCCUCAAUGGCCCUGUGGAUGAGCCAUCUGGACCGACUACGCCCGCAGCCUUGCUAGAAUCACAAGAGACACUCCCCUCCACCGAAGCGCCUGCAUCCCCGAAUGAAACGGCAGGGUUGUUGAAGGCAGAUCGCGUCGAUGAGCGCCCACAAUCAGCCGUUAUUCCAUCCUCCUUGACACCGCCUCCAUCUUCUCAACUCCCCAACGUCAACGGCGGUGCGACACAUACCGACUUGCCUAACCCCACCAGGGCCAGCAUCCUCUCACCCCCUGACACCAGUCUUCCCAGCUCUCGGAGACCGCAAAAUGUCGCGCCGCCGUUUGCACCCCCUGCGCCGGACGAGGUGAUCGAGGCGUCGCCAGACCAGUUGCGGCUGAUGGUGGAGCGCCUGAUCGUCGAGAACAGGCGCGUCAAUGCCGAAGUUGCAUCUCUCAAGAUGCAGGUCCACAUGUCCGACUUUCACCGCGCCGAGGCUGCCAAACGACACAAGGUCGAGCAGGAGAUGCUUUGUCGCGAGGUUGAGGCGCUUCGAUCUGCCGAGCACGCGAGGCAGGCUCGCCGAGAGUUGAGCUCGGUCUCCGAUUCAUUCCAAGCCAAACACUACCAGCUCAAAGUGGCUCACGACGAACUCAUUGACGAACAUGCAAUAGUCAGGAAGCGGCUCAAGGCCGCCAAGAAGCUCAUUCAAGCCAAAGAAGAAGAGAUCGAGAAUUUGAAGGACGACAAAGAGGAACUUCUCAUAAGAUUGCGAGAGAACAGAGACCACCUGAAUGCCUUCCGCAGCCCCGGUGGCAUCUUCCACGGGGGCAUAACCCCCAAGGCCCAGGGCGCGACUUCGCCGACACAGCCGCGCCACACCCCAAGACAAAACUCCAAGGCACCACGCCGUGAACAGCGGGCCGCCCAAAACCACAACGAAGCCCCGUUCACCAUGCUGCUCGAGGUCCUGAACGCAGAGAACAACAGUGCUCCCUCGACCCCGACGACAGCUGCCCGACCUAUGCCAAAAAUCUCGUCUAAACAUACCAGGAACGUACAGUCAAUGUCCUCGCUCCCCAUAACGCCUGCAACACGACCUCGCGCGGAAUACGGCGGUCUACUUCCCUCUGCCGACUUGGUACCACAAUCUGAGCCGCCGCAUAGAUACGGGGGAAACCGUCUGCAGCUCGUGCCGUCCACCCCGGUUAGGGACAACGGGCGCAAGAGCAGGGAGAGCACAAUCUCGGUUGACGACAACGCAGAACUAGCGCGUCAGGCGUUGGCGUCGGUCGCCGCGCAGGCGCAGUCGUUCGCCGCGUCACAUGCCGCCGCCGCCGCCGCUGCCGGCAGCGGCAGCUUUCACCGAAUUGGAGAUCCGCAUCCAUCGACCCAAGGAGAACAGGAUGAGGAAGAGGUGUAUGAGAGCCAGGCCAGUCAGGCGGCAUCCGAAAUGCUGCGCCGAGAUCCACGCGAGAGCUUCGAAGUCGUCGCCUCCCGCGAUGGAACACCGAACCCUCCGUCGGCCCCGGCCGAGAAGAGCGCUACGCUGCAGCAGACGCUGUUUGCAGGAAUAGGAAGAAGUGGGGUCGCCAUGGCUACCGAAAAGAGGAAGUUUAGCGGCGGCGCCAACGAUGCACAGAGACAAGAGAUGACCAGCCCACACAAGAGGGCUAGAAUUGAUGGGAACUUGAGGGAAGGGGGUGUAGGUCUUGGCAUCUACGACCAGGAUGCUUGA